AUGCUUCAUGAGAUUUCCAAAGAGCGAUUUGCGGACUCGGCGGAACAGGCGGCGCGAGAUUUAGGAGAACUGAAGUGCAAGUUUGUUUAUUCUUCUCGUUUGAUAUCUCUCGUUGUUCCGAAAGAGUUGUGUGUUGUGGAAGCAUGGUUAGUGGCAACAUUUUUCAUUGCAGAAAGAAUUCAUGGCCUCCGGGAGAGUAUAUUAGUUCGAUUAGGGAUACGCAUUUGGUCAUAUGUUAGGGAAGAGGCUUCUCAUGGAAGGAAAGCACCUAUUGAUCCUUUCACUCGCGAAAGUUGCAAGCCAUCUGCAUCUCAAGGAGUUCCACUUGGAGGGAUGGGGAGUGGCAGCAUAUCAAGAGGAUUUAGAGGUGAGUUCCGACAAUGGCAAAUUAUUCCUAGCUUAUGUGAAGCGUCACCUGUCAUGGCCAAUCAGUUCUCUGUGAGUCCUCCUGUUUUCCCACUUCCUAUUGAUAUUUUUAUAAGUAGAGAGGGAGGAAACAAAAAUUUUGCAUCAGUUUUGGCUCCUGGCCAGCAUGAAGGUUUAGGAUCUAGCAGGAAACCUGAUGAUCAGGGAAUAUCAUCAUGGGGAUGGAACCUAAGUGGGCAGCACUCAACCUACCAUGCUUUGUUUCCAAGAGCUUGGACAGUUUAUGAUGGUGAGCCAGACCCAGAACUAAAAAUAUCUUGUCGGCAAAUAUCCCCAUUCAUACCACAUAAUUAUAGAGAAAGUAGUCUACCUGCUGCUGUUUUUGUUUAUACGAAUUCCAUUGGUGGAAGCUCACACCUGUCAGGAGAUCAUGUGAAUGAACCAUUCCAGACAGCAAAAGGAAACCUUCCUGUUACUUUUUCCAUAGCUGCAUGCGAAACACAAAAUGUUAGUGUUUCUGUUUUGCCAUGUUUUGGGUUGUCUGAAGGAAGUUGCUUAACAGCAAAAGGCAUGUGGAGUAAAAUGGUGAAGUAUACAGAGUUGAUCCUAAUUGAAAUUAUUAUAUGUUUCUUUAAGGAUGGGCAAUUUGACCAAGAGAAUUUCAAUUCUGGACCUAGCAUGCCCUCAUCAGCUGGAGAGACACUAUGUGCUGCUGUUGCAGCUUCUACAUGGGUUGAACCCCACGGAAAAUGCACGGUUGCAUUUAGUCUUGCUUGGUCAUCUCCAAAAGUAAAGUUCGUGAAAGGUAGCACUUUCAACAGGAGAUAUACAAAAUUUUAUGGGACUUCUGAGAAAGCUGCAGUUGACCUGGCCCAUGAUGCAUUGACACAUUACAACCGGUGGGAAGAAGAGAUUGAGAAAUGGCAGAAUCCUAUUCUUAAGGAUGAGACACUACCAGAAUGGUAUAAAUUUACAUUAUUCAAUGAACUCUACUUUCUUGUUGCCGGAGGAACAAUUUGGAUUGACUCUCCUUUGCUAUCUUCAAGUAUGCGAAAUGACCAAGAUCAGGUGAGGGAGUUGGAAAAUGCUGUUGUCAAAGAAACUGAAGACAAAAUGAAUGGCAGAAAAAGGACAGUUGUCGAGCGUACAACAGAAUGUACAUACGAAUCUACUGCUAUUACAGGACAUAAUUGUGUGGAUGAAGAACUAUGUAGAGAUGAUGACGAUGUUGGAAGGUUCUUGUACUUAGAAGGAGUGGAAUACAUCAUGUGGUGCACAUAUGAUGUGCACUUCUAUGCUUCAUUUGCCCUUCUUGAACUCUUUCCUAGGAUUGAAUUAAAUAUACAGCGUGACUUCGCUAGAGCUGUCUUGUGUGAAGAUGGAAGAAAAGUAAAGUUUCUGGCAGAGGGAAACUGGGGAAUUCGCAAGGUUUAUGGGGCAGUGCCACAUGAUCUGGGGACACAUGAUCCGUGGUAUGAAAUGAAUGCCUAUAACAUCCAUGAUACUAGCAAGUGGAAGGACUUGAAUCCGAAAUUUGUUCUUCAGGUGUAUCGAGAUUUUGCUGCAACAAGUGAUUUGCAAUUUGGAAUUGAUGUGUGGCCUGCUGUUCGGGCUGCAAUGGAGUACAUGGACCAAUUUGAUAGAGAUGGCGAUGGUCUUAUUGAGAACGAUGGGUUCCCUGAUCAAACAUAUGAUACAUGGACAGUCCAUGGUGUAAGCACCUAUUGUGGUUGUCUUUGGCUUGCGGCUCUACAAGCUGCAGCAGCAAUGGCCCUUGAAUUGGGUGAUAGAGAUUUUGCGGAAAUAUGCAAAAGGAAGUUUUUGAAGGCUAAGCCAGCAUUUGAAGAAAAACUGUGGAAUGGUUCGUAUUUUAACUAUGACAGUGGAUCAAGUGGUAACAGUAAAUCCAUUCAAGCAGAUCAAUUGGCUGGGCAAUGGUAUACUGCAUCCUCAGGACUUCCCUCCCUUUUUGAGGAUUCCAAAAUCAAAAGUGCUCUCCGGAAGGUUUACGAUUUCAAUGUAAUGAAAGUUAAAGGAGGUAGAAUGGGUGCUGUAAAUGGCAUGCAUCCCAACGGUAAGGUCGAUGAGACCUGUAUGCAGUCUCGAGAAGUAUGGACAGGGGUGACCUAUGGUGUUGCUGCAACAAUGAUAUUUGCUGGAAUGGAAGAAGAGGCCUUCACCACUGCCGAGGGGAUAUUUCUAGCAGGCUGGUCCGAGGAUGGAUACGGGUAUUGGUUUCAGACUCCAGAGGCAUGGACAAUGGAUGGACACUACAGGUCGCUCAUGUACAUGAGGCCCCUGGCCAUUUGGGGUAUGCAAUAUGCAAUAAAUCGGCCCAAGGCAAUUCUUGAGGCCCCUAAAAUCAAUAUCAUGGACAGAAUCCACUUGUCUCCUGUUAUUGGAGGAUUCUCUCACAAUGAAACAGGUGUGAGAAAGAUAGUAACAAAAGCAAGAUGUUUUAGCAAUUCUGUGUUUCACUGUGCUUGCUGA